GCCACCACAGAACCCCCAAAAAAGAAGCCAGAUCCUGUCACUUCGGAGACGGUGGUGAUCUGGGGGCUGCGCCUCUGGCAGGUGAUUGGGAUCUUUGCCAUCUUUGUCCUGGCAGUCAUUAUCACACUCUGCUGCAUCUUCAAGUGCCGGAUUCCCAGGACAAAGAAGGAGAUUGAGGCACGUUACGCUCAACGGCAAGCAGCCAAGACAUAUGCAGACAAGCUGGAGACUGUGCCACCACUCAACGAGCUGACAGAGAUCCCUGGAGCCCAGGUUGCAGAAGAGAAAAAAGAAGAAGUCCCCACUGUGUCUGGAAAAGUUGACAAGGCUCAGG